AUGGCCCCGUCCAAGUGUGCCUACUUUAAUUGCCAUAAUAAAGCCAGCCAAAAGUCUAUGUUUCGUUUCCCGACGAACAACUACAAUCUCUUACAAAUUUGGCUCGCGAAUUGUGGUAAUAUGACUAUUACUCAUCUGAAACCAGAACAAUUACGUAACAAAUGCAUAUGUAUAGACCACUUUGCUAAAGAAUAUGUUAAAAAUGAAACUGCUCAAAGGGUAAGAUUAUCAAAAUUAGCAAUACCAAUGCCGUACAAAGCCACUGAAACGAACUCUCAAGAAUCACCAAUACAAUCAACAUCUCGAGAAUCACCUGAACCAUCGACAUCCAAAGCUCAAGAAUUUUCUCCAGAAUUAAAGGUUAAAACACCUACAAAAGUUUACAAAAGUUUUAAAUCGAAAGAAGAUCAGGAAGAAGAAACUUUCGUUAUAGAUAAUGUUAGCACACCCAAAUCUAGAAAACGACAGAUUGACAGAGGUGAUGAUGGUGAUACUCCAAAGUGCAAGAAGCUAAAAAAUAAAUUUAAUGGGAAAAUUAUUAAAGAAAGAGCAUGUACAGUUUGCUUUGAUGAAAUGGCAAUCAUGUCAAGUUUAGAGUAUACAAAAAAAUAUGAUCUAAUAGAAGGCUUCGAAGACUUUGGAGAAAAUGAGCGAUCAUGUGUUGAUGCCAAAUAUGCACUAGUAUUUAUAGCUAGAGAUAUUUAUAGCAGCUGGAAAAUGCCUUUAGCAUACUUUUUGGCUGGUAAAACAGUAAAGGGUGAACACCCUGCAGCAAAUAUGAACCAAGUGGAAGAACCUCCUGCGAUGCUAGAGAAGGUAAACACACAAAGUGUAAAAAUAGAAAAAGACGAUGUUGCUACAACAGGCGAUUAA